AGUUUUUUAUUUUUUAUCACGAAUAAUUAUCGAAAUACGUGUAUAAAAAAAAGCCAUAUAAACAAAUAUUAUUCAAAUAAUUUAUUUAUUUUUGAGCAAGUAUUAUUAUAAAAUAAAAUAAUAAAAAUUGAAUUUUAAAAAAAGUUGUGUUAAAAAAAUAAAAUAAAAAAGUCAUGUAUUUAUAUGGUUUAAAUAUAAUUUUGGUAUUAUUAACAAUAUGCCAAAAUUCAAUUGGUCAAAAUUCGUCAAUUGAAACAAUGAUAUUAAUUGAUAUAAAUGCUGUUCAUGAGUUGGCUGGUGAAAUAAUGAUUGUAGAUCGACUACAUGAUGAUGAUAAUAACGAACUAUAUAAAAAAUUACGAGAAAAUUUUCUAACUUUGUCAGGUCGUUUGGAAAAUAUGGAUCAAGACUUUACUGAAAAGCUAAAAUUUAUGAAAGAAGAAAUGAAUAAAUAUAUUGUAGACAGUGUAGUUGAUAUAAAUGCUUUUGGUGAUUUUAGUGAUGAUGGAAAUGAUGAUGACGAUGAUGAUGAUGAUGAUGACGAUGAUGAUGAUGGUGAUAGCCUUGAGUAUCAUGAUGAUAACAGAAAACAAUUUAAAAGAGCAUCAGAUGAUGAUGAUGAUGAUGAUGAUGAUGAUGAUGAUGAUGAUGAUGAUGACGAUGAUGAUGAUGAUGAUGAUAAUGAUGAUGAUGAUGAUGAAGAUGAUGAUGAAGAUGAUGAUGAUGAAGACGAUGAUAAAGAUAAUGAUGAUGAUGAUGAGUUUAAUUACGAUGAUGAAGAUGAUGAAAAAAGAGAAACAGCAAUUGAUAAAAUGGUAGGAUCGAUUGAAACAAUUCGUGAAAUUUACAAAAAACUUAAAGAACUAUUUAACAAUGAAGAACUUGAUGAAGAUGAAGUUGAAAAAUAUCAAGAAAAAUAUGCGUCUGACGAAAGUGAUGAUACAGCUGAUAAUAAAUUAAUUUUAUUCCAUGAAAUGAUAAUGGAAUCUGAUGAAGAUAUAGUAGCUAUGAUUGAUAGAGCAACUAAUAUUCUUUCAAAAGAUCUUUGUACAUAUUCGGCUCAAGAAGCACUACUACAGAUGUAUUUAGUAAUUGAAUUGGCUGAAAUAUUUGGUUUUAUAACAUCAGUUUAUGGUACUGUACUUCAUAAAAUUGUUGAUUCAGGAUAUGAUGCCAGAACUGCAUCGAUUGGAUUUGGAAGAAAAUUUGCCGUUAGAACUAAUGAUUAUGCUAAAAAAAUUAAUGAAGCUAUGAUUGGAAAAUCACUUUCAUUUCGUAAUUGUGAUCCAGUAGAAGGCGAGGAACAUGUAAGAGAUGAAACAUAUUUAGAAAUGACUGGUCUAUUUCAAAAAAUAUUAUUAAAUGCAUGGCAAUUAAAAGGUCCAUCAACAACUUGUACUCGAUGUGAAGAUGGUUUUAGAACUUUUGUUCAUAAUGAAGCAUGUCAUGCAUCAUAUCUUACAAAUACCCCAUGGGUUGAAGGUGGUAGACCAGCAAAUUUUUCACUAUGUACAACACCAAAAAAUUGUUAUGGUAGAUUAGCUAAUUGUCGUACAAUGUUACGACCAGAAUAUUGCAUGAUGACAUCUGGUCCAAAACGUUAUAAAUGGAUUAAAGAACGAGGAAAAAAUAUAACACUUGGAAAAGAAGAUGAUUGUCAAGAUGGACUUCUUGAUCAUUGGGAAUGGAGAUGGGGUGAUCCAAAAAAAAAGAGAGAUUUAUGCGCAAAUUGUUUAUGUGAUUGUAUAGAUAAUUCACGACUUUCAAAUUCUGUUAAUGUCAUAAGUUUGAUGCCAGUUAAAAGCAAUACUAAUGAAAACAAGGCUAUUGUUGGUGUUAAAUUUGUUGUUAAGGGUAAUACACUUUUUAUGCAAGCUAAAGAAGCUAAAAUGAAACAACAUUAUGCUAUUGAUACUGAAAGUCAAGCAUGGAUUGAUAUACCUGACGACAUAACAGAUAAAUUUAAUGAAUCACGUUACGAAACAAAUGAGGAACUAAAAGAAAAUAAAGAUUAUGUUAUAUGGCGAGAAGACGCAAAUGCAUUUAAUUUAGAUGAUUUGGUUUUACCAAGUGGACGUGUUAUGACUGGUUUUCAAUUCAAAAUGAGUAAUCUAGACGAAAUUCCGAAUAAGAAACGUCUUAAUCUUCUUAUAUAUUCAAUGAAAUAUGAUAGUGAUAAAGGUGAAUUAAAUAAAGAUAGUGAAGAAGAAAUGACAUCUCCUGAUUUACAUGAAGAAGAAUUAGUAUCUGGGAACAAAGUAUCAACUGAAGUUUAUGAAAAAACAAUUGUUGAUUCAACUAAAAAUCAGUUUUCAUUACUGAAAAUUAGUGAAGCAUGUAGUGAUGCAGGACAAACCACUGUACCAUUAUUUGAUGCACAACCAGUUCAAUCAAAAAGUAACACUCCAUUAGUUGGGCUUGGUUUGCAUCAUCGUUCAACUCCAGGAUAUUCUGGAUUUUUUGGUUUAAAUGGAUACACAACUGAUCUUCAUGAAGUCUUCAGGAAAAGUUACGAAUAAUAUAUUCAUUUAUGAAUAUCCAAUAAUAUUUUUUUCUUUUUAUUUUUAUUUUUUUUUUCGUUCUAUUAUAUGUUAUAUAAAAGCAUUGAAAAAAAAAGUAUAUUAAUUUAUCAAAGUAUAUUGCACACUUUUAUUGUGAAUAAAGAAAAAUAAUAAUCAUUAAUAAUUUGUUUGUUUAUUCUAUUUUUUUUUUUUUUCUUUUU